AUGGCCUCGCUAGCGGACGAGGGCCGGCUGCGCGGCGUGCGCAACGCGGUGGUGGAGCCGCUGCUCCGCAUCAGGAGCUCCAUCACGUCCUGGGCGCUCGUCUCCAACAACAAGCAGCACGCCGACGUGGCCACCUCGCCGGCCUCCACCGUCGGGCCGAGCCUGGGUGUGCUGCUGCUGCAGCAGCGGCCGCUCGAUUCGCUGGGCCGGGGACUGGACCAGAGGCCGGCGCUGCUCAAGACGUUUCAACCGCUGCAACGCCCGCCCGCGGUGGCCGCGGCGUUGCCCUUGCCGCCGGAGCAGCCCGAGCCAAAGAAACAGUCGCCGCAGCCCGAGAGGGUGUACGACGAGCCCCGGGUACAGGUGCGCGCCUCAGAACCGCCCGCCGGCCCAGCGCCCAGCCCGCCGCGCAACUUGUCGCAGGAGUUCAAGGACAUGUUCCCGCCCAUGCGGCGCAUUGUCAUGCCGGAGCCGAAGGCUGCCGCCCUCAAGGGCAAGCCCGGCAUCUUACCCAGCGAGGACGCCAUACCCGAGGAGGAUGGUGAGGACGACGACGAUGACUUGCUGGGCGAGGACGUCAACCCGUACCACUACCCGUACGGACAGGAGCCGCCCUACUACGACACGCCCUUCACGGGCUUCACCGACGUUAACAAGGUGGCCAUUGAGGUGUGCCCCACCCCCAGCCCUCGCUACCUCACUAUGCGGCCCAGCGAGGACGCGGGAGGCGGUGACUCGUACGUGUCCGUCAACGGGAGCAGCGAGCCUCUGCCGGUCACCCCCAGCGCCCCUAAGGGAGAGGUGUUCAAGCUCAGCCUGUUCAGCGGGAGCAGCCACAGCAACGUGUUUACAGAAGAAGGCAGUGAGGGGGAUGAGGACGACGACGACGAAGAUGAGAAUGACGAAGAAGACGAGAAUGAAGACCUAGAAGGAGACGAAGACGAGGCGCCCUCUCAGCCUCUGGACCGAGUGUGUGCUACUUCGGACGCCGACCCUUCCUCUACUUCGGACACUGACGACUCGUCCUCCCUCUCCCUGUCCGACGACGGCGCGGGCAGCGUCCUCAUGUUCCCGGGGGCCACCAGCGCCGUCAGCCACUACAGCAACAUGGGCGGGCAGGGUUCGUCCUGGUCCCUAGUCAGUGAGGACGAGGACGCUCCUCGGCCGGUGUUCGGCGACCCGUUUGACACCAUCAAGUACAACAGCCUGCGGAGGAACCACGGCAACGACCCGGAGCGGGGGCACUGCCACUACAGUAACGUGUCCGAGUACUUCGACCACCAGCGCGACCCCCUUAGCGCGCUGGGAGAGGCGCUCGCCCUGGGCGGCCCGCCCGCCGUGCGCCGGCGCAGCCACGUCGGCCCGCACUACGUCAACGCGAGCAGCGUGUGCUCGGAGGCGGCGAGCAGCUUCCGCCUGUCGCAGAGCCGCUCCAUGCAGUCCGUCAGCCUGCUGGACCACGUCCUGGACCCCGACCAGGACGGCGCGCAGCCGCUGGACCUGUCCGUGUCGGCGGCCAGCUCAGCAAUCACAAUCUUGGUUGUUCCGCAGGGCACAAAGCGCACAGCCGCAAUCUCUAUUCUUGACAUCUUCGGCUUCGAGGACUUCAAGGAGAACAGCUUCGAGCAGCUCUGCAUCAACUAUGCCAAUGAAAACCUCCAGUUCUACUUCAACAAGCACAUCUUCAAGCUGGAGCAGCAGGAGUACGCCCGUGACAAGAUCGACUGGCAGACCAUUACAUACAAUGACAAUAUGCCUGUCAUCAACCUGAUCGCCAAGAAGCCGGUGGGCAUCUUGCACCUACUGGACGACGAGUCCAAUUUCCCCAAGGCCUCGGACCUGUCCUUCCUGGAGAAGUGCCACUACAACCACGCGCUGGACGAGCUGUACUCGCGGCCGCGCAUGUCCAGCCUGGAGUUCGGCGUGCGGCACUAUGCCGGCCAGGUCUGGUACAACGUGGAAGGUUUCCUGGACAAGAACAGAGACACACUGCGGCCCGACGUCGUGGAACUGCUCAUCAACAGCAAAGUAACGAUGUUGAGCCGCAUGUUCCAGAGCGUGCGCUCGCACCACGAGACGGCCAAGACCAUCAACAAGGCCAACGGGCGAUUUGUGACGAUGAAGCCGAGGACGCCGACCGUGGCGGCGCGCUUCCACGACUCGCUGCAGCAGCUGCUCGAGUCCAUGACCAAGUGCAACCCGUGGUUCGUGCGCUGCAUCAAGCCCAACAACGACAAGGCGCCCAUGAAGCUCGACAUGCCCAUCGUGCUGGAGCAGCUGCGCUACACGGGCAUGCUGGAGACGAUCCGGAUCCGCAAGACGGGCUACCCAAUCCGCCUCAAGUUCGGCCACUUCGUGGAGCGCUAUCGCUACCUGCUGCGGCCGCGCGGCUGCAGCCUGCCGCGUGGGGCGCCCUUCCGCGAGCUGUGCCGCGCCAUCCUGGACCAGGCCGACCAGCAGGCGGCGGGCCACGGCCAGGGCCAGGACUACCAGCUCGGCACGACGCGCGUCUUUAUGCGCGAGAACCUGGAGCGGCGGCUGGAGAAGGAGCGCGCCGACAUCCUGCGCGCCGCGGCCGUGACGGUGCAGCGCCACGUGCGCGGCUACCUGGCGCGGCGCCGCUACCGCGCGUGCAAGCGCAGCGCCGUGCGGCUGCAGGCGGCCGUGCGCGGCUACGCGGCGCGCAAGCGCUACCGGGCCGUGCGCGCGGGCGUGGUGCGCGCCCAGGCCCACUUCAGGGGCAAGCGCCAGCGCCGCCGCUACCUCGAGCUCAAGGAGGAGCUCAAGCGCCGCUCCGAGGUGGAGAAGGUGGCCCGGGAGCGCGCUAAGGUUAAGGCCCAGCGCGACGAGCAGGAGCGCACCUCCAGGGCUGUGGCGGGCGUCAACCACCUGGAGAUCCCCGCCGAGCUGGCCUUCAUCUUCAGCAAGCUGGAUGAUUGGCAACCGACUCACACGGAGCGCAACCUGGUCAAAGUGGUGGGCGGAGUUCCUCCGCGACCCGAUCGGUACUUCCUGCCGAACGACAUCGACUACCAUGCCUUCACCAAGUUCACCAACGUGUACUUCAAGUCACACCUAUGGGGCAUGAAGCGCGAGCCCAUCAAGACGCCCUUCCUGGCCAAGUCAAAGGACAUCGACUACCAGGACUCGUUGGCCAUUUUCAAGCUCAUCCUGCGCUUCAUGAACGACAACAACCUGAACGGCAAGAAAGAGGUCGCCCUGGGUGACUACAUCGUCAACAAGGGUAUCGUCAACGAGAAGCUGCGCGACGAGAUCCUAUGCCAGCUGUGCAACCAGACUUGGAAGAACGACAAGGACGCCAACAACGAGCGCGGCUGGCUGCUGCUCGCCAACUGCUUGUCGUGCUUCCCGCCCUCGCACACCCUGCACAAGUUCCUCCUCAAGUUCGUCUCGGACCACGGCUGGGACGGCUACAAGGCGGUCUGCCAGCGCAAGCUGCUGCAGUCGCAGUGCGCGCGCAGCGGCAGCGCCGGGGGCCACGGGGACGGCGCGCACACGCCGUCGCGCACCUACCCGCCCUGCCUGCUCGAGUGGCGCGCCAACCGCAAGCGCGUCAACAUGGCCCUGCCCGUGCACUUCGCCGACGGUGAGCAGCGCGUCACGGCCGUCGAGUCGUGGACGACGAGCGAGGAGCUCGCCUCGCUGGUGGUGCGGGAGCGCGGCAUCGCCGAGUGCAGCGGCUGGAGCGUGAGCCUCGCCACCAGCGGCAACGCCGGCGAGGUGGGCCUCGAGCCGGGCGUCAAGGAGAGUGCCGGCUACGACUACGUCCUGGACCUGGUGUCGGAGAUGGAGCUGGCGCCGGCCUUCCCGGCCUGCAGGAACAGCUUCCUGUCUUCGCCCGACAAGCCCAAACGCACUAGCAGCAGCGGCGCCAGCAAGGUGCUGGCCACCCCGGCCGGCCCCAUCGCCGUGGAGGUGGAGGUGGACGAUCCGCCGCUUCCCUCGCCUACGCGCCGGCCCGGCGUCCCACCGCCAGAGCCACCCGUCCCCAAGCAGCCCGCCGCGCGCAAGCCGUCGCGCGAGCUGCUGGUGGAGAGCAAGAAGAACCACGCCAGCCCCGUCAACGGCGUCGGCCACGGCCACGCGCCCAACCACGCGCCGGGCCGCGUGCGCUCCCAGUCCAGGGACCACACUGCGGAGAUCGGCCUGUCGCGCAAGUCUGCGCUCAACGACCGCUACUUUGAGGACAAGCCCGGCCGCAGCCGCAGCUUGGACAACCUCCUGGAGUCGGAGAUGGCGCCGCCGCGCAAGCUCGAGUCGCUGGGGCUGUCGCAGAGCCGCCUCAACGACCGGUACCACUCCAUGGAGAAGAUGCCGCACGCGCUGGGCAGCCCCAUGGGCGGCAGCCCCAACGGCAUCGGCCCGGUCAACGGCGCGCCCGUCGUGCCCGAGCCGCCGCUCAUGCGGAUGUCGGCCGUCAGCAACAAGGAGUACAUGACCAAGGCGGAGGCCAUGCUGGAGGACAAUCUGGAGUCGGUGAGCCAGCGCGGCCGGGACUCGCCGCGCAAGUACAGCCUGAGCAGCAAGCCCGACCCGGCCCUCGAGCUGCUCGAGCUGCGCGACGGCCACGGCCACCACAUCCUCGACUUCGACUACAACGACAUCGCGUCGCAGGCCAGCCAGGCGUGCCGCAGCGAGGACGACAAGGGCAGCUACAUCCGCGGCCACCCGCGCUUCAUCAAGUCGCACUACGCGGGCAAGCGCGCCGCGCCCGGCAGCCACUCCAGCCGCGCCUACAUUGAGGGCCGCAACAACUCGGAGAAGUCCGAGUACGGUGCCAAGUCGUCCGCCCUCUCUGACACCAGCGAGGCGCCUUCCCUCGCAUCCCAUGUUCGGCGGGUGCGAGUGCCCUCACAGGCGUCCGACGUGGACCAGUUCCUGGACGACCUCUUCAUGCCGGUGCUCGACGGGAACCUGGACGAGCUGUCGGACGCGCGCUCGCUGGCCGCCUCCAUCAAGGGCGGCGGCCAGGGCGGCGCUCAGGGUGGGCCGCACUCGGCGCCCGGCCCGUCGCGGCGCAUCUCGACGCAGAGCUCGGCCAGCCGGCACAGCGACGCCGACGACGAGGUGGCCACGCUGACGGGCUCAGCGGCGCCCUCGCAGAGCGUCGACGACUACAUCAGCGACCUCUUCCAGCCCAUCUUUGUGAACGAGUCGCUGCGGAGGCUGACGCGCGCCGACACCCUGGCCGUGGCCAUCAAGGGCGGCGGCCAGGGCCUGGGCGGCAUCGAGACCCGGCAGACGACCGCCACGCAGUCCCAGCCCACGGCCUCGUUCGGCUUCACGCCCAUCGGCAACGUGACCUCGCCCACGCCCAUGAUGCCCGGGCUCAUGACGGGCAUGAUCUCACCGCCGCCGCUCAUGAUGCCCGGCAUGUCGUCCAUGCCCAUGUUCAGCCCGCAAGGGUUGACAGGGUUGACUUUGCCCGACUCUGCCCUAGGCUCAGGCGCGAGCAACGGCCAGCAGCCCAACAGCCUGCUGGCGGAGUCUGGCCACCCGGCCCUCGUGGCCUACCAGCAAAGUCUGCAGCGGGCCUUCCUGCAGUCAGCCAUGGCGCAGAACAUCCAAAUCCAGCAGCAGCUGCUCGCCCAGAACCAGGCGCUGCAGACCUUGUUGCAGACACAGGCCAACUCGCCCAACACAUCUGGACAGUCCGGCCAGUCAGGACAGACUCCGACUACGACGCCUAUCGCUUCGCUUGCCUCGUCCCAAGUCCCAAGCCCGGCCGAGGACCAGGAGAGGGCCGGUGCUUUUCAGAGACACGCUCCUUCAGUUGCGUCGUCAAAGUCAUCAUCCGCUGGAGAGAGAAACUCAGUGGUUGGGGAGCUCACACCCUCAAUUGCUUCUUCUCGUAACACUAGCCCCAUCGGAGCAGCAGAAAAUGCGUUGUCAGCCACUGCGUCACCUUCUACUGAAUCAGAACCUGAUCGGGUUUCUAAGGUAUCUUUCCGUGAGCCGGAGAAUGGAGACUUAUGGUCAACUGAAAAGCAGCAGAACUCAAUCUCCAGCCCAGGACCUCCACUGCCACCCAAAGCAAGAUCAACACCAAUUCAGCCUGUGCUCACAACUGUCACCAGAGCACAGGUCCACCGCUCGCAGUCCCCAACGCACUCCGGCACCCCUCGCAAGGCCAGCCUCACUCGAAGUCCAUCUAACCCUCACACUGCCUUCACCAGUGUGCUAUCAGAGCUUCGCAGUCGCAAGAGUUCCGUUGACUCUAACCAGUCUAACAGCAGGGGAAUUCCCCCACCCCCACCCUUCAGCAAGAGCAGCAAGAAGAGCAAGAAAGAGGCCAAGCUGCAGCGCAACACGCUGGGCACGCCGGAGGAGCGGCGGAGCCAGCUCGACCGGGACAUGAAGAACAGCUGGGACACGCUGCCGGAGACGCUGCGCAAGAAGAAGCAGCGCAUGUCCCGGGCGCUGCUCUCAGAGUUCAUCGAUGCCGACAGCCCGGAUGGCCCCGAGGACGGCAAGGCCGACGUCACGGGUGCUCCGGAAAAGGCAGACGCGGUGGGCGCGUCAGCCGAGGACAAGGAUGCCAUGGAGGACGCCGUCAAAGACACGUUGCGCAGCGUGUACUAUGACGAUGAAGAUGACGAAGACGAGGAUACCAAGUCUUCGGCCUCCUCGAACUGCUCGGACAAGAACGAGGUGUGCGUCUACCAGGUGCAACCGGGCAGGCCGAGCAACGCCGUGGAGGUGCGGGCCAUGUUCCACCGGCAGGACGAAGACACAAGCCUGGGGACGGUGGGCGCGGCCCUCGGCCUCAACAACAACGAGACACAAAUAGGCGAGGAGGAAGUCUACCAGAAGAUAACAUUCGAUAGUGAUAGGCAGCGAUCUGCUGAUACUCAGGGGGGCGAAGACGAGGCUCUUUCAAGACUGAAUUCUGUGAUUCCCGACUCCGCGGAGGACGAGGCGGCCGGGACCGCGGAAGAGAUUCCGCAAAUCAAGACUGAGGACGAGAGGACGGAAAUGGAGAACGGCCCACGACCUGACACGGCGCAGGAUGUUGAACAGCAACUUUCAAGCAGUAGCCAGCCGGCAAUGUGCCUAAACUAG